AUGGACGUCGAAGAGCCUUCCUCAUGGAGAAAGCAUUGGAUGUUUUUUGCGGUGGCGAGCGGUGCUUGUGCGGCGUUUAAUGGCGUGUUUGCAAAGCUGACCACCACGCAACUCACCACAAGCAUAUCAAACGGCAUCGCCCACGGUCUCGGAAUUGCAGCUCACGAGAAGAUCGUCGAAGUCGUUGUCCGCGCUAUCUUCUUCAUUCUCAACCUCACCUUCAAUGGCAUUAUGUGGUCUCUCUUCACUACUGCCCUCGCUCGCGGCAAGUCUGCAACUCAAGUCUCCAUCAUGAACACCUCCACCAACUUCCUCGUCACCGCCUUCACCGGCCUACUCAUCUUCUCCGAGUCUCUUCCCCCGAUGUGGUGGGCCGGCGCCUCACUCCUCGUUGCUGGAAGUGUCAUCGCCGGCCGCAAGGACGAGGGUGAAGGCACCAAAGACGCUGCGGCCGGCGAGUCGUAUGAGCCGGUACCUACAGAUGGCAACCUUGAGCUGAAUGAGGAUGUGGCUUCUGGUGAAAGAUAUCGUGAUGAAGAUGUCCCCGAUUUGGGAGAGCUGCGUGGUUGA